AGGCGCCGCGGGAGGCGGGGCUGCCGGCCGCCAUUUUAGGUGCGCUCGCCUUCCCCACGUUGCGCGCAGUUGCUGGCGGUCGCGUGGCUUGUCGCUGAGCUGGGCUGAGGAGUGGGGAAGGCGCGUGGUGCUGGAGUGACUGUUGCUUUGGUAUCCAUCCAGAGAAGACAAUGUCAAGUGUGCCCGUGGCUGUGGUGACUGGCUCCAACAAAGGGAUUGGAUUUGCAAUUGUGCGGGAUCUGUGCAAGCAGUUCAAAGGGGAUGUGUACCUUACUGCCCGAGACCCUGGCCGUGGACAGGAAGCAGUGGCAAAGCUCCAGCAGGAGGGGCUGCAUCCACUCUUCCACCAGCUGGAUAUUGAUGAUCUGCAAAGUAUCAGAGCUUUGCGAGACUUCCUGAAGGAGAAGUAUGGAGGUCUGAAUGUGCUGGUUAACAAUGCAGGGAUUGCUUUCAAAGUUAGUGACAGAACUCCAUUUGCAGUCCAAGCAGAGGUUACACUGAAGACAAACUUUUUUGGAACCAGGAAUAUUUGCACAGAGUUGUUGCCUCUUAUGAAGCCUUAUGGUAGAGUGGUAAAUGUCUCUAGCAUGGUAAGUAUCUCAGCUCUGGGAGGCUGUAGCCAAGAACUGCAGAAGAAGUUCCGCAGCGACACAAUCACUGAGGAUGAAUUAGUGGAGCUCAUGGAGAAGUUUGUGGAAGAUACUAAGAAAAGUGUACAUGAGAAAGAAGGCUGGCCAAAUACUGCUUAUGGGGUAUCCAAAAUUGGUGUCACAGUCUUGUCCAGGAUUCAAGCCCGGAUGUUAAAUGAGAAAAGAAAAGGUGACCACAUCCUUCUCAAUGCUUGCUGUCCUGGAUGGGUGAGAACAGACAUGGCAGGUCCUAAUGCCACUAAAUCACCAGAGGAAGGGGCUGAGACCCCUGUUUACUUAGCCCUUUUGCCUUCUGAUGCUGAUGGUCCUCAUGGCCAAUUUGUUAGUGAGAAAACUGUUCGAGCCUGGUAAACUUAACAUCUGUGCACCCUUGGAAGUGGUAAUGUGGCUGUGGAUUAAGCUGUCUCUUGGUAGAGAUAGAUGCCUAGAGCAGUCUUAUCCUGUCCACUUUAGCACUGGGUCUUUCCUCUUUGUAGUGAAGGCUACAGGUACUGUGUUUCUCUAAGGUAGUGUUUAUACUAUGGUACUUCCCAGCAGUGUCUGUUGGCCUGUUUGCAGCAUUGACUGGGUAGCCUGGCUUCUGAUCUGUGGGGUGUUUCAGCCUAGUUAACAUGAGUUGAUUUGGUCUUACUCUAAUACAGAGGUGCCUGACCUUGUUUUAUGGGAGUUUAGACUUAGUGAAAUCAUUGCCAGCCCUUCUCUUUUUUUUUUUGUAAGAGAGCCGGCAGAUCUCUGAUAUGGGGCUUAUAUGAGGAAACAGAUGCCUUAUGCUUUCUCGGUGCAGUGGAUCUUUUGGGGGGGACCACAGUUGCUUCUUAAGAUUGUAUGGGAUUUCUUAAAUUGAGAGAGCUUUAUUCUCAGAGCUACAGUCUAACCAGUUUGGGGUGGGGGGAGCUAAUCAGAUUCAAACUGAAUCACUGUUGUAUAGAGAUCACUUAUCAUUAUAGAAUGGAAUUAGGUGAAAAUAAAAAUAGCAAUGAUAUACUGUUAAUAGGAGAAAUUACCCAGUUGGCUUUAUUAAUAUGUAUGUCAAUAAAUGAUUACUUACAGACUUGUAUUCAUACAACUGGCUUAUUCUGAUACUAAAAAUCUAUGUUUGUUGAGAUUAUGCUUUUAUUUUCUGUAUUCAAGUCUGUACUGGAAGUGUGUGAUGUUUGGAAUAUAUGGAGACAAAAUAAACUACAGAACUGAUAUAACAAACAUCUAAA